UUUACUGCCGUAUAAUCCGCUCUGAUGUCACUGUGUGCCGAAGGAGGGGUCUGAGAUCCGCCGCUUAAUCCCAGUGUGUUGAUAAGAACGACCGACGAAGAUGAAGGCAAGCCGAAGAGCUCUUCUUCAUCGCUUGUGUUCAUAACAGGCGAUGAGCAGUGAGUGGGCGGAGCCAUGAGCCAUAGGGAGGAGCCAGAGGAGGCGGGUCUCAGAGGUCCUCCCCCUCAUCGCAGCAAGCAGCCCAAUGGGACGCCUCUAGAGGGAGGUCGACCCAGAUGGAGACCAUGCCAGCUUCACAAUCCGGAUGCAGAAGGCCAAGGCCACCACCAUCAACACUAUCACCACCAAGCCAACCAGCACACGUCUGGAUCUAGCCGAGGUCCACCGCGUCACCGUAGGCGGCAUGCUCCCGGUCAAGCACAACGCAGGCGGACUGAGAGUGGAGAUACAUCAGCUAGAGCUGGCCAACAGCCCAAACCGGGGGCGUCAAGACACCAUCGAAGUGGAGAGAGACUCCAUCAGCCCAGAUAUAGACAACAGCACAAAGAAGAAGAGGUGGUCAAAACUCCUCCAAAAGAACAAGCUUCAAAGCCAUUAUCUCCAGAAGAUUCCUCCCAAGAACGGCUGACUCCUCCUCCUCAGGAUGAACCAAUCACUGAUAGACUGGAUGGAAACAGUCCAGAUCUGUCCCAUUCAUCUGAUACACAAGUUGAUCGUGAUCCAGAGUCUUCAAUGGAACAGUUGGAGGAGAAGGUUCAAAGUGAAGAAUCAACAUUUGGUGAAGAGGAACUGGCGAAAGAGAACCAAGAAAAGGACUAUUUCAAAGAAACUCCUGAGCAGGACUAUGCUCCUCCUAAGAUGGCUUCAAAAAGUCGUCCUGAAAGUAAAAGAACCAGUCCGCUAAGAGUAGACGUUCCACCAUUCGCCACAUCUCCUCACCAGAUGAUGAACAAACCUUUUUUCCAGUCUCCACGAACCUUCCCUGAGACUCUUCGAAGCUACAAUUCAGACCCAAACUCAUACCCUCCUCAUUUUAACAUCGGUUACGCUCAAACAAACAAGGAUAAAGGGUUUGAGAGUCCCAUGUCCCAUGUUGAAGACCAUCAAGAGGAUCUCUCAGACUCUAGUCCUGAAGCCUGCUCUGAUUCUUACCCACAACUAAGCCCAGAUUCUCUGACAGAAUCAUACCUAACAGAUCCUAAUCCAGCCCUUGAGGGACCUCAAAUGUACGAGAGGAACCAGAGCGUGACCACGGAUGAGUGCGACUCUCAGGAAGACAUCGGUCAGCUUAGUUCAGUGGGCUCCAGGCUGCACCACUACGAUGAACAGUCAGGAGAUGAAGCCGAAAGCUCAGGGAGAGUCAGAGCCCAGGUCAGGAAGACGUCAAGCUCGACUAGCCUUUCUCAAGAAGCCUUUUAUCUCCUGACUUCAGAAACUGCUCAGCUUUCACCUGAUUUGCAGGUAGAAGUCGUGGAAAGACCUGACAAGUCGUCCACUCUAGCCCAGGAUCAGAUAACAGAGUCUUGCAGAGCUACAGGAGAUGCUGUCUCGUUGGCCAUCAAGGAUAUUAAGGACGCUAUCGAGGAGGUGAAGACCAAGACGGUGCGCUCGCCCUACACGCCUGAUAAGAUCACAGAGCCCGUGUGGGUGAUGAGACAGGAUUUGAGCCCUGUUGAGGAGAACCAUCCUCAGCUACAGCCUCAGAUUCCCUCACAUCCACAGUCUGCAUGUGAGCUAUCGCUGUCUUCUCCACAGUAUGCGGCUCGAAUUCAAGAUGCUGAACUUCCUUUGGGAGCAGAAUCCUCUGGAGUUCAUCUUCAGGACCAGGAUGUAGACGUCAGUCCCAGCGUGCCGAGUGAAGAGACUAGGAAGAAUUUGGCCUCUUUCCCUGCAUAUGUUGAAGUUCCUGGCCCGUGUGACCCUGCGGACUUGAUUGACGGCAUCAUAUUUGCUGCAAACUACCUGGGUUCCACCCAGCUGCUGUCAGAGAGGACGCCCACGAAGAGCGCCCGCAUGCAGCAGGCCCAGGAGGCCAUGAGCCGCGUCCGGACAGCCCAGACACAGGCCAAAAUCAGAAAUAAGUAUCAGCAGGGCAGUGAGAGUGGGCCACCGGCCAGCACAGAAGUGGACCUCUUCAUAUCGACGCAGAGGAUCAAAGUGCUCAGCGCUUACACACAGACAUUCGCGUAUGAACUCUUACACCAUGCAAGAAUGCAAAUUCUUGAUGUUUCCUGUAUUUCCUUCGUCGUUUCUCUCUGCCAGGCUCAGCUGAUUGCUCAGUCCAUCGGUCAGGCCUUCAGCGUUGCGUAUCAGGAGUUUCUGAGAGCCAAUGGCAUCGAUCCAGAGGACCUGAGCCAGAGAGAGUACAGCGACCUGCUCAACACUCAGGACAUGUACAACGACGACCUCAUUCACUUCUCCAAGUCUGAAAACUGCAGAGAUGUGUACAUCGAGAAGCAGAAAGGGGAGAUUCUGGGCGUGGUAAUCGUGGAGUCCGGCUGGGGCUCCAUCCUCCCCACGGUCAUCAUCGCCAGCCUGAUGCACGGCGGACCCGCGGCCAAGUCUGGAAGACUGAACAUCGGCAAUCAGAUCAUGACCGUCAACGGCACCAGUCUGGUGGGCCUGCCGCUCUCCACGUGCCAGAGCAUCAUUAAAGGGCUCAAGGCUCAAUCCAGGAUCAAGAUGAACAUCGUCAGGUGUCCUCCGGUGACCAUGGUGCUCAUUCGCAGACCAGACCUGCGCUAUCAGCUGGGUUUCAGUGUGCAGAAUGGCAUUAUCUGCAGUCUGAUGCGAGGGGGGAUCGCCGAGAGAGGAGGCGUCCGCGUCGGCCAUCGCAUCAUCGAGAUCAGCGGUCAGAGCGUGGUGGCCACAGCUCACGAGAAGAUCGUUCACAUCCUGUCAAACGCUGUGGGAGAGAUCCAUAUGAAGACUAUGCCUGCAGCCAUGUACCGCCUGCUCACGGCCCAGGAACAACCCGUCUACAUCUGACACUCUGCAGGGCUACAACACCAUCCCCUCCACAUGAGCUGAUUCAGAGUUACUACUUAUUGAAAGAUUAAUAUAACUGUUUACAGAUUUAUUUAACUGGAUGUAUGUAUGUAUUUAUUAUUCCAUUAGUGCAUAAACCAAACCAUUCCAGCACCAUGUGACCUGCCUUAAUCUCUCUGGUUUGACGGAUCUCUGAAGGCCUGGCAUUAGAAGCAAAGAGAAGUGAAUGCAGAUCGAUCAUGUGCUCGACACACGACUGGACCUGAACUAUCACAGAGAUCAAUGGCACUGAGCACAGUAAUACAGGAACAUUGGAAUCUAGCCGUUAUUGACACAGAUCUGAUGUAUGAACUGUAAUCUUCUCAUCAAGCAACUCAAAGUAAAGGAAUCAAUGAACUAAA